UUUCCAUUUUGUAUGUUUGUCGGUCUAUUUUGUAUAUUUUGUAUUGUUUGUUAAUCUGGUUUGUACAGUUUUUUCAUCUGGCUUGUGUAAACAAUGUAAAAUAAUAAGAGGAGAACUGAGACUGUUGGAAAGUGAUAAGAGAGAGCAAAAAAUAAAAUAAAUAAAACCAAUUUAUCACAAUAUCUACCUCUAUCACUAAAUAAAAUGUCAUUCCCACUUUUUAGCCGUAGUGUGUCUAGAUCCGAAGGCUAUGAGAGGUUUAGUCAAGUGACUAAGGACCUCCCUUAGUCACAUGAUCCGUACUCCAAAAAAUAUUGUGGGCCAUUUACUCAAACUUGUACAUAUUCCAAUGGGUUGACUGUUAAGCGUGUCACCGUGUUAGCCUCUCUCAUUACAUGUCUCCAUCUUUCAUUUUUUAGUUAGUUGAUCUUCCACUUAACGCACCUACAAAUCCCACAUAUUUUGUCGCAUCGACUAGGCUUCGUUCAGUUUUUGUGAUAGGGGCAUGCAAUCGGUUACAUUAGUUGUAAUGUUGCUGUUCGGGCCAACCAAUUGGAUCAUUUGCGUGGUGUUUGUGCGACUAGUCCACAUCCCUUUGUGGUUAUUGGUGAUUUUAAUACUACCCUCCAUGAGGGUGAGAAGGAUGGGGGACGAGAUUGGAAUGCGGCUCAAGCCAUUAGCCUUCGGGAUUUUGUUCAUGACUUGGGGCUCCAUGACCCUGGCUUCCAAGGGGAUCAAUUCACGUGGACCAAUAAGCGUAUGGGGGAGGCAUGCAUUCGCGAACGUCUGGAUAGGGCUCUUUGCUCUCAAUCAUGGAUAGAUACUUAUCCAGAGACUUUGGUCAAACAUUUCACAGACCAGGGGUCGGACCAUCGUGCCCUCCUUCUUGCCGAUAAACCUUAUAAUCGGAGUAGUCGGCCUCUAUUUCGGUUUGAUGCUCGUUGGGCGGAUAACCCAGAGGUGAGAGCUAUGGUCCAAUAUGUCUGGCAGGAGGAGAUGCAAGGAACCCCUAUGUUUAGACUGUGGGAGCGAUUAAAGAAACUCCGGCACCUGCUUUACGAUUGGAGAAGGGCGGGCACAACUAAUUCUCUGCGUAAUAUCAAGACUCUCCAGACUCAGAUUGAUGGGAUAAAGUCGAUCCAUCCGGUGGACUGGGAUGCGAUCAGAAGACUGGAGACGGAGCUCUCCCGUCAAUGGGAAGCAUAGGAGGUUUUUUGGCAGCAGAAAUCAAGGGUUAAGUGGCUAAAAAAGGGAGAUCAGAAUUUUGCCUACUUCCAUACGGUCACAAGGGCGAGGCGUAAGAGGAACUUUGUUUCUGGGCUUCGUAAUACGGAGGGAGAAUGGUUUACUGAGGAGUCCGGAAAAGCUUCUAUUGCCACCAACUUUUACCAGACCCUGUUUACUUCGGAAAAUCAGGUUCCUAAUAUGGCUGAAAGGGUGGCGAGUCUACCGAUUGCCCGAAAUGUUACUCCGCAAAUGAAUGCGCAUUUGACUGCGGAGGUCUUGCCUGUGGAGGUUCGGAGUACAGUUUUUUCCAUGGGGUCAAAGCAAGCCCCGGGAUCGGAUAGCUUUACGGGAAAGUUUUUUAAAGCUUUCUGGGAUAUUGUGGGCACUUCAGUGGUUGAAGCAGUAACUUCCUUUUUUGCCUCGAGCCGAAUGUUGUGGAGUUUCAAUCAUACUUGGCUCACGUUGAUCCCUAAAGUGGAUUCGGUGGAAACAAUGAGACAAUUGCGGCCGAUUAGCCUCUGUCAAUUUGUUUACAAGGUGAUUACCAAAAUCAUGGCUACACGGCUCGCUAGUUUUCUCCCGGAGAUUGUAUCGGAGGGCCAAAAUGGGUUUAUCAAAGACCGACAGAUUAUUGAUAACAUUCUUAUUGGGCAUGAACUAAUGCAUUAUCUGAAAAUAAAAAAGCAAGGGAAGAAGGGGUACAUGGCUCUGAAGGUUGACAUGGAAAAGGCCUAUGAUAGAGUCGAAUGACCCUUCUUACUUGCAGUUUUAGAUAAGAUGGGUUUUAGUUCAAUCUGGCAAGGAUGGAUACUUGAAUGUCUUAGAUCCGCCUCCUUUUCGGUUUUGAUGAAUGGUACGCCUUCGGGAUAUUUUUGUCAAGAACCAGUUGGUCCCAAUAACUCGAGUUGUUGGAAGAGGUUCAAUCGUGGAUCAUAUACUGUUUACUAACACCCCCCUUCAAACUCAAGCCAUUCAGAUAGGCUUGGAGUUUGGACAGGCACAGGUCCGGACACCGUGUGCUUAACAGAAACAGAUGGGGUCACCGGGAAUCGAACAGAAGACCUCACGGUCACAGAAGGCUCUGAUACCAUGUCAUGAACCAGUUGAUCCAAAUAACUCGAGUUGUUUGGAGAAGGUUUUGCUGGAUCUUAUACCACACUCUAACACGCCCCCUCAAACGAAAGCCAACCCAUGGGCUUGAAGUUUGCACAGGCCCACCAUACCAUGUGCUUGAAAGACAACGGUUAAUAUUGGGAGUCGUGGAGAUUCGAACACAUGACCUUUUGGUUCGAGGCUCUGAUACCAUGUCAAGAACCAGUUGGUCCCAAUAACUCGAGUUGUUGGAAGAGGUUCAAUCGUGGAUCAUAUACUGUUUACUAACAAUUUUACCGCCUCUAGAGGCCUUCGUCAGGGAGAUCCGCUCUCCCCUCUCUUAUUUGUACUAUGCACGGAGGGGUUUGCUGCUCUUCUCCGAAAGGCGAUCACGGAGAAGAAAUUAGAAGGGGUGAAAGUAGCUCCUCGUGCUCCAAGAAUCUCGCAUCUGUUCUUUGCAGAUGAUUCUUAUUUAUUCUUGCGAGGGUCGCUGCUGGAGUGCGAGAAUUUAAUUGAGGUGUUGAAUGAAUAUGAGGAACUGAGUGGUCAAUGUGUUAAUUUGGAUAAAUCGGCGGUCUGUUUUAGCAAGAAUAUCUCCCUGCCUGAUCAGGAGUUCUUGGCCUCAAUUCUUGGGGUUGGGGCGGUGGGGGUCCACGAUAAAUAUCUAGGCCUUCCAACGCUGGUUGCCAGAUCCAAAACAGCUACUUUCAGAUACUUGGAGGAUAAACUCCUAGAACGGCUUCAGGGGUGGAAGCAAAGAACGUUGUCGUGGGCGGCUAAGGAAACUUUAAUUAAAUCCAUAGCGUUGG